AUGACUACAACAUAUGUCACUAUUGGAUUAUUGUUAUUUUUAAAAAUAACAUCAAUUUAUGGUAAUCUUGGAUGCAAAGAUCAAAAUGGUAAUCCUGUUGAUUUUUGGGCAGUUUACAAAAUGCCAAAAAUUACUGGUGAUAAUAGUAUACCUGGAAUAAGUUCAGGUUUAGGUUUUUUUUAUUUAGAUUCUAAUAGUCAAUCGUUUUCUCCAUCUCAAAAUACUAUUGAUAAUCAAAAUCAGGCUUUUGGUUAUACUUUAAAUCAAUUAUAUCAAUCAUCAGACUCUUCGUCUUUAGGUCAUUUUAUGUGGAACGAUGAACUUCCUGCAUCUGCUUCUACACGUGAUAUUUCUAAUAGAAUUCCUUACAAUCUUGAUUUUGAUUAUGAAUUUGGUCAUACAAAAGGUACUCUUUUCUUUGAUAAAACAAGUGGUGUUUAUCUUAUUCAUAGUAUUCCCAAAUUUCCUGAAAUUUCAAGUUAUUCAUAUCCUGAGAGUGGACAUACUUAUGGACAAUCAGCUCUUUGUAUAACAAUAAAUUAUAAUCAAGUUAAUACUAUUGGUAAACAACUUUUUUAUAAUCAUCCACAAAUUUAUAAUACUAAUCUUCCAACAACUAUGGCUUCUGAAAAUGAAUAUUUAGCUAAAGUUAUUGCAGGAAAAUAUCAAACUGGUUCAGAUACAAGUAGUAUUACAACAAUACGAUCAUUUAAUGGAGUUGCUUUUACAUCUUUUGCAAAAACAGGCGAAUUUAAUGAGGAUAUUUAUGAUAAACUUGUUGCACCUAAUCUUCGAGCUGGCUUGUCUGUUGAAACUUGGAGAAGAGGUGAUCUAAUUCCAUUAGAUUGUUCAACAAGUUACAAAGUUUCUGACGUUCAAACACUUUCUGUUCUUUCUAGUCCAAUUUUUAAAUAUACUAAAGAUCAUUCGAAAGUUGCAAUUUCUGAUGAUAUUUCAAAUCCUUAUGUUUGUAUAGGAGAUAUUAAUAGAAUGACAUCACAAUAUGUUCGUGGAGGUGGUACUACUUGUAUUAAGAAUCAAUAUAUCUGGAACCAAUAUUCAAAAAUUCCUAAAACUUCUAAUUCUUGCUAA